GGAGGGAGGGAGGGAGAGAGAGUGUGAGUGAUCGAGCGGGCGCAGGAGGGAGAGUGGAAAAGAGAGAGCACAGGAGAGCAAGAAAAAGAAGCUAGAGCCGAGAGAAAGAGAGUCGCGAGUCGAGUAAGAGGGAGAAUGCACGGUGUCUGGGUAACACUUCCACGCUUGUAUCCAGGGCCUUUGUGAAUACACCAUGGGAUGCAUCGGCUCCAGGACACUGGCGGCAGAUAGCGUGCCAGUCCAGAAGGAUGGGGAGCAGCAUGGACGUUCAGAAUUUUCAUGGGAAGGAAUCAAUCUGUCUAUGGAAGACACCACGUCAAUCCUCCCUCGGCUCAAGAGGAACUCAAACGCCUACGGCAUCGGGGCUCUGGCUAAGUCUUCACUGUCAGGUGUGUCAGGGGUGUCCCGCACCAUGAAGGAGAGAGUGACCAAGCCCACAGCCAUGGCCCAGGGUCGUGUUGCUCACAUGAUUGAAUGGCAAAACUGGGGCAUGCAGACGGUGGGCGCAGGGGGCAUCCCCCAGGCCCGCAUCACUACCCAGGAGCGGGAAAAGGAGCGGCGGCUGGAGAACGACGCCUACAGUGACCUCAGUGAUGGGGAGAAGGAGGCCCGUUUUGCUGCAGGCAUCCUACAGCAGUUCGCGAUCUCAGAGGCAACACUCAUGGCCUGGUCGUCGAUGGAUGGAGAGAGCCCGCGGUCGGGCUCUAACCAAGGCAGCGUGGCUCAUCUGAGUGAGGUCAACCAGGAGAGCAUCACCAGUCGAGAUCAGAUAUUGCACCACUCCUCAGCAGAGGUGUGGCCUCACACAUAUGUCUCCCAGGGCCACUACUGCCUCUCCUCCUCUGAUGCCUGGGAGCCGAUCAACAACGAUUCCUCCGGUGUGGCGUCUCCCCCUACUGGCUCCUACAUUAUGGGGACUGAUGGGUAUGACGGACAGGCGGCCGCUCACUUCCUGUCGCAGCAACAGCAGCAGCAGCAGUUCACUCUCCAGCAGCAGAGUCAACUACAACAGCUGCAGCAGAUUCAACAGAUCCAGCACUACCAGCAACAGCAGCUCCUGCAGUAUCAGCAACAACAGUCGCUGGAGCACAGGCUGCACAGUGCCAACCACUCUUUGCAAGCGACCCCCAACAGCACCAUCCACAGCCUGGUCCAUUCAGUUCACCCACCGCUGGUCGAUCUGUGGAACACAGGGCAGAUGGAGGCCUAUCAGACGGAGACUGGAGGCUACAUAGGCGUGUCAGCGAUCGUGGAGCCGAGCCUCUGUGUUCCCUCUGGAGAUGAGAUGGUAGGAACAGAGCACUCCCCGCUACUGGAGCAACAGGAGGAGGAGGAGGUCAAGGAGGAAGAGAUGACACUGUGCAUGGAGCCAGAGACGGCCACGUUGACUCCGCCCAGGCAACAAGGGGAUGCCUCUGGUGGCAGUAGUCCGGGGCAACCGCCAACAGAGCCAAUCACAGAGCGGAAGGCCUCCGAUGUCACCUCCAGCUUCAUUCAGACACUAGAGGAAAAGAACAAGGAGGGGCCAGCCGCCUCCAUGGCAACCAACUAAGUUCCUGGCUGUCAAGAGACUCCUUCUUACAAACUGACCGGGGAGUCAGCGAGGAAUGAGCGUAAUAAUACAAUAUAUAUCUAUUAAUCUGUUCCUUUUCAGGUAUUAAAAACAAGACUUUUUUUGGUUGCGAGGUGAAUUCUUCAAAAUGGUGAAAAACAGAUUUAAACGUUGACUCACUACGAGACAAAAGCUGAUGCAACUUAGGACACCUAUUUCUUUGUAAGCCUUACAUCCCAAAGGGAACUGACGAGAGGAACGAGGAGGAGGAGGAGGAGGAGGAGGAGGAAGAGAAGCAUUAACUGACCGACCAAGUUGAGACGAAGAGGAGGGGAACGGAAACAUGCAUGCUUUUUAUGAAGACAAGCAACUCGACCCUGUCAUCGUCUUAUAAUAAUAAUGAAAAUCUAUCAUAAUAAAACAUUAUAAUAAGAAUAAUUUUGUAAUAAAGCAAAAAAAAAAAAAAAA